AUGGAUUCAAAACAGAAAAUUUCAGAAAAAACAUUUGAAAACUUGAUGCAAUCAUAUCGUCCAAAGACCAGAUCUACAUCAGAAUGGGAGGCAUCAUAUAAUCAUCUACGAAGAUUGGUUCUUUCAGAAGGGCUUCCUUCAUCAUCAGAAGGCUCAUCAUCUGUACGGCCCUAUGUUUGGUGUAUAUUUCUAGGAGUGGAGCCAAUGCCAGCAAACUCAUAUUUAUCGUUGAUACAUAAAGGUGCAUCAUCGGUAUACAAUAAAAUUCGGAAUGAUACUUUUCGUACUUUAGCAACAGAUCCACUUUUUCGUCGAAAAGUAUCUGAAGCAUCGCUUAUACGGCUUUUGAACUCUUUUGUUUGGUACAUGGAGAGUCACAAUUCACCGAUAUCAUAUAUACAAGGCAUGAAUGUUAUAGCAGCACCUUUUCUUUACACAUCUAAAUCAGAAACGGAGGCAUUUUCUUUAUUCACAACAUUUAUUUCAGUCCAAUGUCCUUUAUAUGUUGCUUCUACGCUAGAAGGUGUUCAUCGUGGUAUUAAGCUUUUUGAUAAAUGUUUAGAAAUUGUUGAUAUUAAAUUAUAUUUAUAUUUGCAAUCAAAAAAUCUGCAAUCUAAAGUUUAUGCUUUUCCAUCUAUUUUAACAUUUUCCGCAUGUACACCUCCUCUUUCAGAAGUAUUAGUGCUUUGGGAUUUUUUAUUAGCAUAUGGCGUAUAUUUAAAUGUUUUAUGUGUCGUUGCACAACUUUUAAUUAUACGCGACGAUAUUCUCCAUCAUCCUAGUCCAAUAAAACUUUUAAGAAAAUUUCCUCAACUACCAGCCAAAAUAGUAAUUGGAAUUGCAGUAAGCCUUAUUAAAAAAAUUCCUUCUGAACUUUAUGAUUUAUUAAUAAGACAUUCUUGGGAUAAUUCUGCUGGACCAGAAAUAGAUAAAUUAUAA